UACACUUGCCUCUCGCUACCGCGGCUCUCACUCACUCCCAUCCUCCAUCUCGUUCUUCGCCGCCGGUCCUCUAGCCAUCACCGUCGCAUCUUCAGGUAUUUCCUCGCUCUCUGUCUCGUUCUUUGCCUUCAGCCUUAAGCCUUGAAGCUCAGGUGCCCAGUACUCCGUUGUUCUUGAGGGCAAUCUUCUCAGGUUCGUCCUUCCGUUGGAACUAGGAACCUUCGGCCACCUCUCCUUCACCUUCAAUCUCCAUCAGGGCCGCAAAUAAAUUUUGAUGAUUCUGCAUUGGCCAAACAAUUUGGAAUCGUGUAUUCGGAAAAGAGAUUUCGUUUUGGUACACAUUAGACGAAUACUAAUAGAAAGUCGCUUAACAUUGAAGAAUAGAGAGGUCGCAAAACAUUUUUCGGUGUUCACUUUCCUUCUUCCAAUUAUAGUCACUUUGUAUCAGCUCACACGCUAAAUUAGUGUAUAUAGCAUAGAUAGGGAAGACGAAGGAAUCAAUCCCACUUGUUGCUGAAUGUUGUGCUUUUGAUGAAUAAGAGAUACUCUGGAGAGGGUUUCCAGGACAGAAUCCAAACGGUACUUAAACCCUGGUUGUAUUAUUUUUCAUAGAAGAAUGCAGAGUUCGCUGAAAAUGCUGUCUAAGUUGCAAAUCCUGAAACUCAUUCACCAUUGUCUUCCUCAAAGGCUUACCAACAGUAAUGGGUUGUGCUACUUCUUGUACGGCAACCCACUUUGUACAAUGGUCGAUUCUCAGCAAGCUCCUGAGUCACCAGAACUUCCAGUUUGGGUCAAGUUACCUGACAACCAAACCCCUGAAAGCUCAGAUUCUGAUGAUGACUUCGUUAUCCCUGCACUUGCUGAUUGGGUUGAUGCCCAUAUGCUUAAUGGUCGAACCCAAGUAAUGAGACUCUCUUUGAGGGAGGACAAGGAUGAAAAUGAUGUCACAGCAAUCAGCACAGUUCUUAAAGAACCACAUCCUUCUCCAGACAAAGUUGUUGAAUCGCUAAAAAGGUAUGAGUUUCUUGUGUCAGAGAAUCUGGUUCAAAAGAUUUUGAAAAGAUUUUGCAAUGACUGGGUACGAGCUUUAGGGUUUUUCACAUGGGCAAAAACACAAACAGGCUAUGUGCAUUCUCCGAAAUUGUACAACUUCAUGAUCGAUAUUUUGGGCAAGGCAAAGAAAUUUGAUCUUAUGUGGGACUGUGUUCAGGAAAUGUAUCAACUUGAAGGGUAUUUGACAUUAGAUACAAUGGUUUGUGUAAUGAGGAGGCUUUCCAAGGCAGAAAAGUAUGAAGAAGCUGUGGAAGCAUUCCAAAAUAUAGAGCGGUUUGGUGUGAACAAGGACAUAGUGGCAAUGAAUGCACUUAUGGAUGCAUUGGUGAAAGAAAAUAGUGUUGAGCAUGCUCACAAAGUUCUUUUGGAGUUUAAGGACUCGAUUUCUCCAGAUUCUCUGUCAUUCAAUAUCCUGAUUCAUGGAUUUUGUAAAGCUAGGAAACUUGACCAAGCCUAUAAAGUAAUAGAGGACAUGAGGAAACAUGGGUUUCACCCAGAUGUUAUUACAUACACUAGUGUCAUUGAAUCAUAUUGCAGAGAGAAGGAUUUCCGCAAAGUGAGAGAAGUUUUUCAAAAGAUGGAGGAAAACGGUGUGUCUCCUAGUGUUAUCACCUACACUAUUUUCAUGCAUGCUUUAGGGAAGGCUGGGCAAUUAUCUGAAGUUCUGGGUCUUUAUGAGACAAUGAAGAGCAAUGGUUGUGCACCAGACCCGCCAUUUUAUUCCUCACUGAUAUUCAUUUUUGGCAAAGCGGGCAGGCUUAAAGAUGCACGCGAUCUGUUUGAUGAUAUGCCAAGGCAAGGGGUUAUUCAAGAUGCGCUCACGUACAAUACCAUGAUCUCUGUUGCUUGUGCGCACUCACAGGAGGAGACUGCUCUUAGUUUGCUAAAGGAAAUGGAAGAGAAAUCAUGUAAGCCAAACAUCGAGACUUAUCAUCCAUUACUGAAGAUGUGUAUCAAAAAGAAGAGAAUGAAGGUGCUGAACUUUCUGUUGGACCACAUGUUCAGAAAUGACGUGAGUCUUGAUUUGGCAACUUAUUCACUUUUGAUAGCUGGUAUGUGUAAAAGUGGAAAACUUGAUCGUGCUUGCUUGUUCUUCGAGGAAAUGAUCUCACAGGGGCUAGAUCCAAUGCGCAGUACGUACAAUAAAUUGUUGGGGGUGCUCCAAAGCAAGAGUAUGCUAAAAGAAAAGGAACAUAUUGAGAGUUUGUAUCAUAGAAGCAAAAAUGCAUUGUAAAUUUGGCUGACCUAGUUUCAGAUCCAGCAAAUAUUUUGCCAGUUAUGAAUCACUGAGCUCCAUUUUUGUUUUUCACUUCUGAUUUUCAUAAAAUUUUAAUCUCCUUCUCUUAGUAGGCAGCAUAUGAGCUGCACAGCAAGGCAAAAAAAGAGAGAGACUUGAGCUUCUGGGUAUGUAAUUUGGUUGUGAUGGAUCACUAUUGUAGCUCGUAAGCAGUUACCAAUAAGGACUUACAGACAUCAGGCCCUUGACUUAAUAGAGCCAGAAUGCCUAUUUUGCAUCGGUUACUGCAUUGCAUGCACAGUUCAGACUUUGCUGGGGCAUCUUGCUGAAUGGAAAACCAUCAAAGGAAGAAAAGAUCUGGAUGAACCUAGAAAACGGUAUAUGGAAAGAUCUGGAUCAAUUAUCAUUUCUAUUGUAUUGUUGAUGUCUGAUGCAGUUUCCUGCAGCACUGUGGAACGAGAUCUUAACAAAUUAUUGGAACUCCAUAUCACUGUAUUUUAUAUCCCUUUACUAAUUCACUGUGAGGAAAGUGAGGAAAAUGAUAUGAAUGAAGUAGGCAGUGAAUAGUGAUAACUACUGAGAAUUUGUAUGGUUUCAUAAGAACCAAAACUACAUGAAACCAAAAUCUGGGUAAGUAAUGCGACUUUGAAUUGAUGCUCAA